AAGACUGCAGCUUUGUAUAAUACCUAGUUAAGUACAGACCACUUGAAGUCAAACAUGAGGUUAUUACUAGUGACAGUAUUAGGUGUUUUAUGUGAAUUCAGUCAUAGUUUAUAUAUUUCAUCGAAUGAUAAACAAUAUGCGCGAUACUUGGUAGACUUCGGUUACCUGAGUAGAAAAAGUUUGAGUUGCAGUAAUGGACACUGCAACGUUGACGAUUCUACCUUCGCGAAUUCCCUCCGAUCUUUUCAAAAUUACGCAAAAACUUCAGCAACAGGAAUGCUAGAUAGCUCAACCAAAUAUUUGAUGUCUCUGAGUAGAUGUGAAGGCAAGGAUAUCUUGAGGGGUAGACGCCGCUCGAAGAGGUAUACAACGAAUGGACAUUGGCCCAAGAAGCACAUCACAUACAAGAUCACCCAAUACUCGUCCACAAUGAGCAAGCAAGAGGUGGAUUCGUUAAUAUUCUUAGGAUUCUCCGUCUGGUCUGAACCAAGUGGAAUCACUUUCACGAAGAAAGACUCAGGGCGCACCGACAUAGAAAUUAGAUUUGGUAAUUUACCCGCAAAGCCUGACAAUAGAAUUGCGUUCGGAAACACGAAAACAAAACAUCAAGCCAGCGUUAUAACAUUAAAUGACGACAUACCAUGGACACAGGAUUUCACUAGAGGAGAACCUAAUCUUUUCCAAACAGUCUCCCACGAAAUAGGCCACGUUAUUGGUAUGGGACACACCGACGUAACCGGAGCUAUGAUGUACCCUAUUUAUGACCUUGGAAUCAAAAUAUUUUCACUGCAUGAAGACGACAUACAAGGCAUUAGGGAUAACUACAAAGAUCUGAAUGUAGUAUCGUACCCAGGUCGGCCAAUAUACCGCAAAAACUCAAACAAAGUCAGGAAUAACUUCAACAACUUUAAAGAAAGUUUCACAAACACAUUUAGCAAUACUUUCGGAGAGGAUGUGGACAUCGAAGACAUAGAUUUACCCAAAGAUUGGUUCUCUAGCGGUUUUUAAACAGCUCCAUUUUUGUAUGGUUUAAUGACAUUCGAAAAGCAUAAGACUAUACCAUUGAUGUAAACAGAAGUGCGACUCAAACAUGAUGUUUUAAUUAAAAUAAACGCAUUUAAAAACAAAUAAUAAGGAUAUGAUUCAUAGAACAUAUAAAAAGUACAGUUAUAUUUAGGGAAAAUUAAGGAAAAAAAUAUACCUACCGGCCGAAUUGAUAACCUCCUCCUUUUUUUGAAGUCGGUUAAAUAUACUAUAGGUACUAUUUCAUAAUUUGAAUGACUUUGAAUGAAAAUGCAUUUAAUAUUAUUUUGAUAUAAUAUAAUAAGAAAUAUUGCAUUUUUAUAAGGUUUUUAGUUUUAUUUACUUAUCUAGUGGUAGUAAUAUUAUGAGGUACUAGCUUU